AUGGCUUUGUUCAGCCGCCUUGUCGGAUACUUCACCGGCCACGUCACCACGCCCAAGGGCCCCUUUGCACUAUUCACCCCAAUAUCGAUCGGUCUCAACUGCAUCGGACUGCUCUUCCUCCUAUUCGCGUCCAUCACGUUCAACUUCCCCAGUACUUCACCCGUCACCGAAUCCAUAAUGAAUUACACUAGUGCUGCAGUUGGUAUCAUUGGUCUCAUCAGUAUCAUCGCCUGGUUCACGACUGGUCCGCGGAAUUUUGCCGGGCCCCGGGACUCUGAGUUAUUUGAUGGGACAGAGCAGCACGAUGCGGGAUGUUCAUGCUGCACAGGGCGCUGA